GCUCCUCCUCCCACCUUCGCCUCGCCUUCUUCAUCUUCUUCUUCUUCUGCUGUUGAUUAUUUAUUUAUUUAUUUAUUUAUUUCUGCAGCCGAUUUGCAGAGAAGUUUUGAGUAAGGGAUCGCUGUUGCCGUUGCGCAUGAGCUUCUUGCAAUGGGUUUUAUUUUUAUUUUUAUCGAGGUUUUGUACAACCGGGAGGGAUCUUCACGGACUGGAUCUUGUUGAACUCCGUUUAGGCAGUGCGGUGGCUGAAAAUCAGUGACAGAGAGAUGCAGAGAAUGUGUGUGACGAAGCGUGAGCCGCGGGAGAGUUUCGAGGGUUGAGCUUUUGGGGUUUACCGGGGGAUGAAGCCCUACGGGGGUAGGAAGUGGGAAGGGAGGGAGAUGGUGCGAGGAGUGGUGAUUUGGAAGCAGGAUUGAAGCUGUUCGCGGAGCGUUUUCGGUAAUGAGUGGUUCUACUAGGUGCAUUACUAAUAGAAUCAGGAUACGGGUGACUGCCACGGCAUUGGGUUGGACUCGAUAGGUGAAGAAGAGAGUCGGGGCAGGAAAAUUCCUACUGUGUUUGGCCUGUUUUCGACGCCUCACAAUUUUUUGUCGUGCAGCCUCAGCAACUCAGAAUUUAGAAACGCCUGGAUUAAACGCCAUCCGGAUGGUCCUGUACACUAGGGGUUAAACGCUUCAGAACUAUAUUUUAGAGAAAUUUUGGGGUUUGUGUGUGGAGAUGGAGAUGGGGCGAGAGAAGAGACCAUCAGGAUCUGGGACGGGCUUAUCCGACGAGACCCUGGCGUGUGUGUUGAAGUAUGUGGAGAGUGCGGAGGAUAGAGCGUCAGUCUCCCUGGUGUGCAAGCAAUGGCGACUCGUGGAUGGUGCCACGAGGAAGUUUGUAACGAUAGCUUACAUGUACUCCACUAGCCCUGAGAUGCUCACCCGACGCUUCAAGCGCCUGGAAGGGCUUAAGCUGAAGGGGAAGCCUCGCGCUGCGGAAUAUGAUUUACUAGUACCCGAUUGGGGUGGAUAUGCUGAGCCCUGGAUUCGGGAUCUGGGGCGCGCAUAUACAAGUCUGCAAACGCUGCAACUGCGUCGGUGCCAGGUUUCUAAUGCGGAUUUGACCUUAAUUGCGUCUUCUCCCUGUCAAGCGUCUCUGCAAGUUUUGUAUUUACAUAAAUGCGCUGGGUUUUCCACCGCUGGCCUCCUCCCUGUUGCUAAGUCCUGCCGGUCUCUGAAGUCUUUGAGCGUAGAGGACAGCGAUGUAACUGAUGAAGGUGGAGAGUGGCUAUUCGAGCUGGCCCGCAACAAUUCCGUGUUGGAGGUCCUGAAUUUUGCUGUACUUGGUCUUGAGGAUGUUGAUGCAGCUGACUUGGUGUUGCUAGUGGAGAGGUGCAAAUCACUGGUUUCUCUAAAAGUUGGUGAAGUUGAAAUGGUGGACAUGAUAAGUGCCAUUAGCAGAGCGUCUUCUUUGACUGAAUUCGGCACAGGCUCUUGCAAUUUCUUCGGGGACGAGGACAGCAGGACACAUGUAUCUAUAUCUUUACCUUCAAGCUUGACGGGUUUGUCAGGUUUGUGGGCCAUGUCCGACCCUGGAUUGGCUAUGGUUCUUCCCAUAGCACCAAACUUGAGAAAACUGGACCUGAAGUUCACGCUUUUGAGCAGAAAAGCUUACUGCCAACUUUUCAGUCAGUGCCAUGCUUUGGAAGAGCUUCAGGUUCGCAACGCAGUUGGGGACGAGGGCAUGGAAGUUAUCGGCAAGACAUGCAAGAGCCUCAGGCGAUUACGCGUGGAGCACGAUAAUGCAGGAGCUAUCACUCAACGAGGCGUUGUUGCUGUUGCCCAAGGGUGUGCACGAAUGCAGCAGUUGAUCGUGUACGUGUCCGACAUCACCAACGCCGCGCUGGCGAUGCUGGGACAAUGCUGCGCACAGCUGACGGACUUCCGUCUCGUGCUGGAGACCGCUGCAAGACGCGUCGUCGACCUGCCGUUGGACGAUGGAAUCAAGCUCCUGCUCAAAGGCUGCCGAAAAAUAUCCAAGCUUGCUGUAUAUCUUCGGCACGGGGGCUUGACAGACAGAGGAAUGGGUUACAUCGGGGAGUUUGGCACGAAUUUGAAAUGGUUAUUGUUGGGAUGCACAGGCGAAUCCGACAUUGGAUUGGCCAGUUUGGCAUACAAAGCGCAGCGCAUUGAAAGGUUAGAGUGUCGGGAUUGUCCGUUUGGGGAGGCAGGUCUUGCGGCAGCAGUAGUGGCGAUGAGCUCGCUCAAGUUUAUAUGGAUUCAAGGCUAUAGGGCUCCAUGGGCAGGAGAGCAUCUACUGGCCUUAUCACGACCGUAUCUGAACAUAGAAGUUAUCUCCUCAACAGACACCCAACCAGGCCAGCUCAUAGCCCACUAUACCACUGUCGGGCCUCGCACUGAUAACCCUUUGGAGGUAAAGCAGCUGACGUUAAACCCGGACGAUCACCUGCAGGAAAUGCGACCGAGUUUACACUCACCUGGAUCUACGCGGCACUAAGCAGAGAUUAGGCCAAGCGUCAUUGCUUUCAGGCCCUCUAUUGAUUUCUGUCUUCUAGCCGCGGAUGGUCGCAGUGCGCCGUUGGAUACCCUACCAGAAGCGUGGCUAUUAAUACUAAUGAGUGUUUGCCAGAACGGCCCUUGAUUGUGGUCUGUGGUGGACGUUUACUGACAGCAGGUAUGGAAUUUGGAAUUGAUCCUUAUUUUUCUAGUUUUCAAUUUGCUAAAUUCAUAUAGGAAUUAUGUGUAGCAAUUUUUAUUCAUUCUGCUUGGAAUUUUAGCUCUGUGCACUGUCUCGUUGUGGGUUUCCGUUUUCAGUGGGGGAGACUCCCCUAGUAAACAGAAACAUCGAAUUUAUUCUCAGGAAAGUGACAAGUCUCAAAUUGAGAUAUUGUCGGUUGAUGCAUCUACGCAGGAGGUGUACGAGAGAUUGCCCCUCAUUGUAAAAUCUGUAUUAGGACAGCUAGGCUACCAAUGCUGCUGUUUCAAGUCCUUGAAACAGUGAAGAUGUUGCAUGCGUACGAGGACUGCCUACUACUGUAUAAGUGUAGUGCAAUGUGAAAGUGUAAUGUAGUGUAUUGAAAUUGGGCAAGGAGUUAUGGGAAAGGCUAUGUAGCUGACACAGUUGAAUGUACCUAUUGUGCAUUUUGGAGAAAUGAAGCUCUGGAAAUGUUUACCAUGA